AUGGAUAGCCCCGGUGCAGCUAGUGAGGCAGGCAAGUGCGAUGGAGAGCCCAAGCUAGCCAGUGCCGUAGAAGACCGCGAAGUCAUUACAGAGGCGACGACCACCGAUGAACAAGGAAACCGCCGAAUGAAGGCAAACGAAUAUUGGGAUCAUGUCGUUUUUCCCUUGCCUGAGAUUGCUGGCAAGAAGGCAAAUGAGUACAGCAAGUCCGGCAAGGAGAUCGAGGUGACUGUGAAUGGCUAUCCAAUUAAAAAGUACCCAAAGAAGCCCGUUUUCAUGUACGAGCUUCAAGUUCUUGCCAUAAUAGAGGCUCGAGAGGACAAGAGACUUCUGCCAACACUCGAUCAGCGACUCGUGCGGCUGUGUUUCGAGAAGAGUAAGGAGCUCGGGAAAUUGCUCCCUGAUGCUAUUAAUGAUGGAGCUCACAUUGUUUGGUCAUUACAAGAGGCGAAGAACGGUAUCAGGGAGAAAAUUUACUUUGACCCUCCAUACAGACACUAUGAAGGCCCGAAGAGAAUUGGAGGCAUCGAGGCGAAGAAUCCAAAGUCUCGAGAAUUCCUCACGCUGCUCUCGGAGGUUACAUUCCGGGUGGUUCCAAAGCACAAGCUUAUGCUCAAGGUAAUCUACGAAUGGCUUGAAAAGAAGCGACACUUUGACGAGAAGGUGGUUCAGUCAUUCAUGUUCCUUGACCAUCUUCUUCGUCACGAGCCUCGAUCCAAAUUCUUUGAGCACAAGCGCUCUUACUUCUUCGAGAACAUCCACGGCCUUGGUCCAGAGUUUGCUAAAAUGGCGCAUAACUUUCAUUUCCAACUGCCCCAGGCUGCGACUGUUUACCGCGGAGCAUUCCAGACAAUCAGAGCCUGCCCGCGUGGUUUGAUGCUAAACGUAGAUACUGCGUAUGGUGUCUUCUUCUCUCGGAUAGGUCUCUUGGGAGUCAUGAGAGGGCUCCUUGGACUCAACCACCAAGACGAUCUGACAAGGGUUUGUAUGCCCGUUCACCGACCACAACUAAAGCCGGAUUGGUGGGAGUUGUCUAGGCACCAUGUCGAGCUCGACAAGAUGAUCCAAGGGCUGUUGGUCAAUCCUGAGUUCCCAGGAUGCCCCAAUCCGAAUAGAACCUUCAAGAUCAGAAAGCUGGUGAAUGGCAGCGCCCGGGAAUACAUGCUCAAAAUUGAGGACAGAGCCACGGGCGCCGUCAAGGAGCUGUCAGUCUUGGACUAUUUCAAGCUCAAGUACAAAAUUGACCUCGAGUAUCCUAACAUGCGCCUUGUGGAGAUGCAAGACCGCGAUGUCGUCUAUCCCGCCGAGCUUCUGGAGCUCAAGGGUCUCCAGCGAUACAACAGGAAGCUGAGCGUUCUCAUGACCUCGCAGAUGAUCCAGUACACUGCGCAAAAGCCGCAGGAUCGUAUGGAUCACAUCAACACCUGCAAGAAGCUGUUUGCGCAUGAGAAAGACCACAAUCUGGCACUCUACGGCAUGGAGAUCGGGCAGUCCAUGAUCAAGACAAAGGCACGUCUGCUUCCCAGCCCAGACAUUCAGUUUGGAAAUGCGAAGCACAACCCAGGCACCAAUGGACGUUGGGAUCUUCGAGGGAAAAAGUUCUACAAGCCACACGGCGAAGCUCUGCUUUCUUGGGCAAUCGGUUACUUUCCAAAUGAACGCAAUAACCUGGAUCAGCGGCUUAUCGAGGAAUGGCGGAUCAAUUUUGUCAAGGCAUUCAAGUUGCAUGGCGGCGCUGUUAAAAACGUUCCAGUGUCGAUGAUGAUGACUGAGGAUAUCGGGACCUCAGUGGCCAAGCUUUACGAAACUGCCAAGGCAGCCUACGGUCAACCUCCCCAGCUUAUCAUUAUGAUUACAUCCAGCCAGGAUGUUAGUCAAUACUCUCGCCUCAAGAAGUCCUGCGAUUGUCGAUAUGGAGUUCCUUCUCAGGUCCUUCAGGGCGACCGGUGCCGCGGUGGAGGAAAGCCUCAACUUCAUUCCAACGUCGCCAUGAAAGUCAACGCCAAGCUGGGAGGUGUGACGGCUCGUGCUGUUCCCACAGCUGCUGGGACGGGCCUUGGACCUUCCUCGAUGAUCAUUGGAGCUGAUGUCACUCACCCAAUGAUGGGUGUUUGGACUCCGUCGCUGGCUGCAAUGUCCGUUUCGAAUGAUCUCCAGGGAAUCAGCUACUGGGGUGGUCGUGAAGUUAAUGGUGCCCGCAAGGAGAUCAUUUCCGAUUCUAACAUCAAGGAAAUCUUGACGCCUUUCUUCGAGAAGUGGAUCGACACAGUUGGCAGGAAGAGCCCUCCUUCAAUUAUCUACUACUUCCGCGAUGGCGUUUCCGAAACGGAAUACAACGAAGUUCUUGAGAAGGAAGUGGAAACCAUUCGUAAAACCAUGUCUGCAGCUGCCGAGACAGAAUGGAAAGGAAAGAUGUGCGUUGUCGUGGCCAACAAGCGACACCAUGUUCGGGCUUUCCCAGACACCAAGAGCCGCAACAGCUGUGACAAGAAUGGCAAUCCCCUCCCAAGCACCUUGGUCGAUCGAGAUGUUACCAGUCCUCAUGGCUGGGACUUUUUCCUCUACUCGCACAUUGCUCUUCAGGGUACUGCCCGCCCCGUCCACUACACUGUCUUGCUGGACGAAGUCAAGCACAAGCCAGAGCACUUGAUCAACAUGAUCUAUGAGCAGUGUUACCAGUAUGUUCGCUCUACGACUUCUGUCUCGGUUCACCCGGCCAUUUACUAUGCUCACUUGAUAUCCGUUCGUGCUCGUCAUCACGAGAAUGUCAUGGUCAAGGGAAAGCCAGCCCAGUAUGGACGUGGUGUCAAGGUGAGUCGUGGAAUGACUCACGCCAUGCAGGCAAACCCGAAGGAGUCGGAUCGCGGCGAUAUUCCGUUGCUGCCAAUCGACGACAGCAACACCAAUCAUCUGCCAUUCCGGAUGUGGUAUGUCUAA